UUGACAUGUCUUGUCUCUUGUAUCAGUGGAAAAUUCGCCUCGAGCUGCGUGCACUUCAGAAUACCAACCCGCUUUUCAUCAUGGCAAAAGACCUUGCUCUCAUAAACGGCUUAUGUUUCGGGGGACAUUUCAUUACAGACAGAACGGACUGGGCUGUACCGAACCGCAUCCUCCACAAUAGACUGACAGCGUCAGCCAGCCUAUCAACUUGGCGCUUCAGAGCCAGAGCCAGUCUGCAACAACCAACCAGAGCUCGGCAGGGAGGCGGGGAGUAGCGCGGGUGGGUAGCAACAGUUGCCCCGGUGAGGAAGAAGCGCCAUAGCCACGGUAGCCCUGGCGACAAGAACCCCAGCAACGGGAGUCAACAACAACAACAACCGCACGAAAAACCUUGAACGAAAAAAAUAAAAAAGCCAAAAACACCACUUGGAAAAUCUCUCGGAAUACGAGGCUGCUGUGUGGCUGUCUGUGGCGAUGACCAGUCCAGACUAUGCGGCGGGGGAGAUGCCGCAGUCCUCCUCCCAGACACCAGGUGGCAGCAGCAGCAGCAACAGUGUGGGCGUGGUGGUGACACAGGUCGGCGGCAGCAACAGCAGCAGUGUGUCCGCCGGAGGGGGCGUGGUGACCCAGGUGAGCGGCAGUCUGGCGCUGGUACCACAGGGGGGCAGCAUUGUGGUACUGGCGCAGGGGCCGCUGUCCUCUUCCUCCCUGCCAGACGGGGGCAGCGUUAUCGGCCUGACGCAAGAGGGCAGUGACACGGAAGCACCGCAGGCCAGCAGCCAAGCCUCGCCCUUUCUGGCCGAGAUCACUCCCACCCCCAUCCCCACCCCGACGGUUGUCAUGGCGACUGCUACGUUGGCCCCCUCUUCGGACCAGACCACGCCCCCAGAGACGCAGGUCACGCCCACACAGGCCCAGGGGUCGCCCUUGGCGACAGUAGCCCCCGCGCUGCCCCCACACGCACAGUUCAUCACCACGGAGAUACAAGACUCUCCAGCGCACAGUAUCGAGCAUGGCAACGCCCAGAGCACCCCGCAAUAUAUAGUGGUGACCGUCACAGAGGGCUCUCUUGCCUCCAGUGACUCUGUGUCUGAGUCCAGUUCCCCUCCUGCCGUGCUGCACACCACUGUCCCAACUCAGCUGCUGCAACAGCAUUGCUACCCACCAUGA